AUGCCCGAGGACCUUAGCAAAGUCUACCAGUACAGGAUCGAGGGUACCCACGACGUUGCCUUUGACAUCGUGAAUCAACCCGGCGUCGAUUCCGACCUGAAGAGAUCGUUGCGGGAGCUGUCUGAGGAGACCCAGGAAGCAAUCUCCGUUCUCGCCGAAAGCGUCUCAUCGGCCGCCUCGCCGCCCUCUCCCACACGGGAUGAGCUCGUCGAGGUGCUUCGACAGUCUUCGGAGGAGGGCGGCCUCGAACACCUGUCUAUGCUGCAGCAGCGCCUGCGGCGGAUCACGACCGCUUCUGAACCGGUCGACGCCGACGACUUGCACCUCGCCACGGCGCUUGUCGCCAUGCUCGCCGCUUUGGAGCAGGUGCGCGGCCCUCCGAGGACUUCCUCCGAUCCGACCAGCUCGGGAACGGCUCCUGAUGUUCCGUCGGAUGCUCGCCACCUCGACUCCAAGCCGCGCUCGACAUCGGCGCGGCGCCGCGACUCUUUCGCGACUGCACGAUCGUCUCAUAGCGAGGAGCUCGACAACCCCUUUGGCGAUGUGUCCGUCGACGCCGCCGUCGGCGAUGCUUUUGGCCGGCUACAUCGUCGGCUGAUUUCCUUGCAUGCGAGCACUCUGUUGCGUGACGCAGCAGCGCCGCUUGCUCCUGGCCCUGCGGCCGGCUCAGGCUCGGCACGUACCUCAGUGCCUAGCCAAGAGGCCUGGCAGCAGCUGUCGGAGCUCGUGGCCAUCACCAAGGAGCUCGUUGCCUGGCGCAGCUCGACCGAGGUCCGGCCCGUCGAUCCCUCUCCACAGCUCGCCGAGCAAGGCGACGUCGUGGGGAGCCUGAACCACGCAAGCCAUGCAAGUCGACCCGCUCCUGGUCCAUACGAUGCCCUGGUCCGCGAGCUGAUGCCCCAGCUGAGCCCAAAAGCCGCCUCGAGGAGCUCCACGCGGGCCUCGAUGGUCUCGGUCGAAUCAGGCCGUGCCACGUUGGCGCAGUCUUCCACGUCUUACCACGCACCGCUGCGAGCCUCGGUCUGGUCCGAACACUCUUUGCCCCCGUCCUACGGCUGCGGCUCGCUCGACACCCACGGAUCGCACGGCAAGGUCGCAGCCGACAGCAAGGAUCUGGCCGGCUUCCGCGAGCGAAUCUGGUCCCUGCCCAGCUACACCGAUGAAGAGGAAGCGUUCUCGCACCUCCGCUCCGCCGAAAAGGAGAAGCUUCAAGAUGACGAGGCCGUUCCGCAACCCGCAGCGCCAGUCAAGGAGGCCGAGAAGCAGACGUCGACGUCGACGCUCCGAUCGCAAGCGGCCGCCGCCUAUGCGGCCAGGACGCCCGAGGACCUGCUCGUCAUCCAACAUUCGAUUGAACGAUUGUACUCGGCGGUCCCGCAAUUUUUGAACCAGCGCUGCUCACUGCCGCCCGACCAGAUGCGCGACGACCGCCUGCAGAGGAUGAUGGACAAGCUGGCUGCCACGCCUCGGCUCAAUGACCAGCGCGCCGAUCCGCCCUCGAUCCGCACGCGCAAGGCGUCCGACCCGACUUCAGGAGGGGCGACGGGGUCCUCGUCGGCGUUUGCCUCUUCGAGCCGCCUCCUCGGCGUCGACAAUGACGUCCGCACUCACCGACGACUCUCGGCGGCCGCCCAGCUCGGUCGCAAGUUUUCGGUGACGAGCCUCGCCAACACUCUCAAGCGCAGCUCGUUUGUCGAUGUCAAGGGCAAGGCAAAGGAGCGCGAUGCGGAGAUGCGGGGAACGUCGAUGCGCUGGAGCAAUAGCGAGGGUCAGGAGCGCGACUUUGCCUCGCUCGACGAGCUCUUUGCCUCGGUGCACCGUGCCCAGGACAUGGAUCUGGGCGAGCAGAGGGUGGCGAUGAAGCCGCGUCCCGGCCGCAAGGCUAGCGCGCUCCUGGGCUCUGCUUACGAGCCCGAGAGCGUCGGUAUCGACCGCGACGUCAACGCCGACGCCGAUGAGACCCUCUUCCAGCUGCUCAACAACCAGGGCCAGGCCCGGAUGGCGGGCCAGGAUGCCAUCAUGGCACCGCGGCGCUCUGGAGGCAAGAGGCCGUCGGCGUCGGCAUCGGCCUCUCGACGCGGUUCGCAGCCGGACCUGAUUGGCGGCCGCGACGACCUUCUCGACACGACCACGCCGAGGGCGAGCAUCAGCGCCGCUACUGCGAUGGCUUCGGCAACGCGGGGCGAGCGCGGCGACGGAGCCGCCGACAUGGUGUGCGCGGCCAGCCACCCUGCUUCGGUUCCUCAGACCACCGCAUGUGAGUCGUCGCCGCUAUCGCUCCCGUCGUCGUUGGCACGAGGUCCGGCUGCUGGCGCCGAGGGAACGGCAUUGGAUGCUCAGACUGUCGCGCUCGCCCAUUCUCGCUCGGUUGCAGGAAUGCACUACAUCCUCGAGACCCAGGCCAACCUGUUCGCCAUAAAUGGUAUGGCGACGGUCUACGGCGGCAGCCCUGGGACAACGACGACAAACCUCGUGUACGAAGUGUGCAACAGCGGCAGCGCUUCUGUUGACGAUGCCGAGGACAGCCUCGAGACGACGCUGCACCUAUCGCAAGGCCCUUCAAGCUCCCACCCUGACGUGACUGUCCCGUUACCUGGCCUCGGCGUACCGCUUCAAAGGGGGUCCGCGCAGCUCAGCCAGGACCACUUCGCCUUCCGGCUUUCCAUGCCUCGACGGGCUGCCAUCAGCAGCGCACCGUCCACGCACCUGUCACACUCGUCCGAGCCCGUCGCAUUUCCCUUUUCCUCCGACUCGCUGGCACUGCACCGGCCCCCGACGCUGUCCUGCGCCGGCUGCGACGCCGUACUGGCGGACCUUGGCCUCACGACACGGCGGUAUCGAGCGCUGCCCUCGCAGCACUGGGAGGAGCUGGUCGACGCGUGGAUGUGCCACGGCGACCAGGAGCUCAACGAGAGCGUGGCAAGGGGCAAACAGGGUCUCGAAGAAGGCAGGCCCAUCCCAUCCGACGAGGUCUGGGUGGCCGACCUGCAUCUGAUGCUCCCGGCCUCGUCAGCACGGCCAGACGCGCUUUCGUGGGACGCGGCUGCAGGCAGCAGCCAUCCGACGGCUACGGCGAGCGCGGCAGAAGGAGCGACGACGAUGACGACGACGACGGCGGCGGUGGUGCGAUGUACGGCAUGCCUUCGUUCUGUCGGUGCGGCCUUCGUGUCCAGCUCGACGUCCGAUGCGGCCGGGGGCGUGACGGCGUUGAAGCUGCACAAGCAUGCCAUUUCGAGCGCGUCGGAACCGGACGCACUGCCGCGCCUCGUUUCGGCGCAGAUGCUCGACGUCGCCCGCGCCCAUGCCGCCUACCACUUUGUCCUGGCCGACGAGGGGAGCGGUCGCGAGAGGAUCCUGGACCACUCCCACUGA